CAAUAAACAAAAGAAACUCAUUCAUCAGCUCGCGAUUCAAGAAGUGAACCAAGUCUCGGCACACUGCUUCAUGAUAACCUGCUGAGCGAGUUCGACACGAGCUUGCAAUACUGGUGUCAGAGGCACGUCUGCGUUCAGUCUACAUCAUGGUGUCACAGGUGAUCACCAAUCCAGGGGAAAUUUCCAGACUCUACAGGGAACUCAGCAUCUUCCCUUCCUUGACCAGAGCAGAUGUGGGUCCUGUUGUCACCUCCCAGUAUGGAGGCAAAUACAACAACAUCUACACCGAAUGGAGCCAGCGUGAUCUGGAAAGGAAUGAGAAUGUCAAGUUUUGCCGGCAGUACAUUGUAUUCCACGAUGAUGAGUCUGUGGUUUAUUCUGGAGCCUCUGGAAACUGUACAGAGAUUAAAGGAGAGUUGCUGAGCAAAGAUUCCCCCUCAGGAGAAAUGAAGGCUGUUGUAAGGGAGUGUACAGUGAAAGAAGAGGAAAAACAGUAUCUGGAAAUCUGGAGUAAGAACAUCAAGAUGAAGAGCAUCAGUCUCACAGCCUUAAAGAAACAUGGAAAGGUCUAUGAGGAUGAGCAGUUUGGCUGCCUGGUUUGGUCCCAUUCUGAGUCUCACCUCUUAUACGUGGCAGAGAAGAAGAGGCCCAAGGCUGAGUCCUUCUUCCAGACUGAGCCACAAGAAUUGUCUUUUACUGGGGAUGAGGAGGAAUCUUUGAAAGUGGAGAAGGAGGAGGUUGUCAAAGGGGAGCAGUUUGUCUUCUACGAGGACUGGGGAGAGAAUCUAGCCACUAAAAGCUGCCCAGUGCUUUGUGUUUUGGACAUCGAAAGUGAUAAUAUAUCUGUGUUGGAGGGAGUGCCAGAAAAUAUCUCACCUGGACAGGCAUUUUGGGCUCCAGGCGACACAGGAGUGGUGUUUGUAGGCUGGUGGCAUGAGCCUUUCAGGCUUGGCCUGAAAUACUGCCCCAACAGGAGAUCCUCAAUGUUCUAUGCGGAUCUUACUGGUGGAAAAUGUGAGCAGCUGACAUCAGGCACAACUGCAGUGUGCUCACCGAGGCUGAGCCCUGACCAGUGUCGGAUCAUCUACCUGGAAUGUUCCAUCUUUGGACCACACAUGCAGUGCAGCAAGUUGUGUAUGUAUGACUGGUACACUAAGAAGACCUCAGUGGUAGUGGACAUGGUUAACCGUCCUGGAGACGAUGGCUUCACUGGUAUCUACAGCUCUCAGUUGUCCCCUCAGUGCUGGUCAGCUGAUAGUCAACGGAUCAUUGUAGCUUGUCCUCAGCGCAGUCGCAAGGAUCUGCUGAUGGUGGAUAUAAACACAGGGGCCAUCACUUGUCUCACUUCAAGGUCUGAUGUAGGUAAUUGGUGUCUGCUGAACAUGGAGAGAGAUCUGAUGGUGGUCAGCUGUUCCUCUCCAAAUUGUCCUCCAAGUCUGAGGGUAGGAUUUCUUCCGGCCAAGGAAUCUACAAAUGAAGUGGUCUGGAUUACACUGGAAGAGUCACUCAGCAUGCCAGAUAUCGAUUGGCAGAUCUUGACCUUCUCCCCUCCAGAAGAGCAAAGCAACACUCAAUAUCCUGGUCUUGAUUUUGAAGCACUGCUGAUCAAACCAAAAGAGGUAAAGGAUGGAGUGAAGCUGCCUCUUGUUGUCACUCCUCAUGGAGGUCCUCACUCAGUGACUGUAGCUGAGUGGCAUAUGUCAUCCUCUGUGCUGUGCAAAAUGGGUUUUGCUGUGUUACUGGUGAACUACCGUGGUUCUCUUGGAUACGGCCAGGAUAAUAUCCUCUCACUACCUGGCAAUGUGGGUUCCCAGGAUGUCAAAGAUGUUCAAUUUGCUGUGGAAAAUGUUUUGAGUAGUGGGAGUUUUGACACCGAGAAGGUGGCAGUUGUUGGAGGCUCCCAUGGAGGUUUCAUCGCCUGUCAUCUGAUUGGUCAAUAUCCAGGGUUCUACAAGGCCUGUGUGGCUUGUAAUCCUGUCACCAACGUGGCCUCUAUGAUUGGCAGCACAGACAUCCCAGACUGGUGCAUGGCUGUGGCUGGCUACGACUACAGCGCAGAGUGUCUGCCUGACCCUGCCAUCUGGGAACAAAUGUUAAACAAGUCUCCCAUUAAAUACACCAAGCAGGUGAAGACUCCAGUCUUGCUCACCUUGGGUGAAGAUGACAAGCGUGUGCCAAGCAAGCAGGGAAUUGAAUAUUACAAAGCUCUAAAAGCAAUGCAAGUGCCAGUCCGGUUGCUGUGGUACCCAGGGAACAACCACUCUCUCUCCAAGGUGGAUGCUGAGUCUGACGGCUUUAUGAACAUUGCUCUGUGGAUAUCUCGGCACUUGUUUCAGUGACGGUUGCUCAGAUAAAAGAUGAGAAUGGCACUACUGUUUUUAAGAGAGGUACUACUCUCUGUUUUCAGGAGACUUUGAGAUCCAAGCCAAAGCUUUUGUUCUCUUAACAAAAAUACACUUUGUUUGAUGUAACUUGUGUGUUUUGUGGGGGAUUUUUGUCAUUUAUGAUAAACAGUUCAUUGCUCACACAAUAUGAAGGGCUUUUUUAAAAAUAUUGGUAGGUUUGUUUCAAGCUGCAUUGCACCUCAAUUUUGUUUUCUGUAAUUACUGUUCUGUUUAAAGAGAAACCUUUCUUGAAAAUUGAUUGUAUGAUGCGGUUUACUGAAUAAAAACUACUGGUUUGA